AUGAGAAGUAUCUAAUAAGGAAAUGUAGGGCAAGCACCGAUAGGAAUUAAAGUAAAGUUUGAAUCUCACAAUCUUAGUAAAUUGAUACUCAAGUUUAAAAAGUAAAAUCAGAGCUUAAAGUUGAACACUCACAAGCGUUAGAGCGAACCAUGAAAGAGUCAAAAAUUAAUAAAGAGACUGCUUAAGCGUUAAGCCUAAAGGUAGAAAAGCUUUAGGAAGAAAAGGAAAAAUAUAAAAAAUAAGCAGAUGAAAUUUUAAAAAGGACUGAAGGGCCAGCUAUCAAUAGAUCAUCCAUUCACAGCACUAAAUCAUUAAAAAUUGAUAAUGACAAACUAAGUCUAGAUUAAAAGAAAUAACGAGAANGA